AUGCCAACCCCAAACUCUUCCAGUUCUUCGGCCAAAGGCUUCCGGCGGGCAGUGUCAGAGCUGGACUCCAAGCAAGCUGAGGCCAUCAUGGUAAGAAAUCAGUCCCCGCAAUUCAUUGGCAGGCGGCAGAGUCUCAUUGAAGAUGCCAGAAAGGAGAGAGAAGCUGCUGCAGCAGCUGCGGCUGCCGCCUCUGAGGCUGCUGAAUCAACUGAAACAAUUGUCUUUGAAGAGAAAGAUGGCAUGGCCAUGCUGAACCUUUUAUUCACCCUCAAAGGAGCCAAGACAUCACUGCCAUCCCGUGCACUGAAAGUAUUUGAGACGUUUGAAGCCAAAAUUCAUCACUUAGAAACAAGGCACAGUAAGAAACUGCGAGAGGGCUCUGUUGAUCUGGAAUACUUUGUGCGAUGUGAACUCCACAGCUCUGAUCUGAGCACCCUCAUCAGUUCUCUCAAAAGGGUUUCAGAAGAUGUUAGGAGCACAAAAGAAGACAAGUUUCAUUGGUUUCCAAGAAAAAUCUCCGAGCUAGAUAGAUGUCACCAUUUGGUCACCAAAUUUGACCCUGAUCUGGAUCUGGAUCACCCGGGAUUCUCUGAUCAAGUAUAUCGGCAACGAAGGAAAAUGAUAGCAGAAAUUGCCUUCCACUAUAAGCAUGGCGACCCAAUUCCUCGAGUGGAAUACACACCAGAAGAGAUUACUACCUGGAAGGAGGUGUACGGCACACUGAAGAGUCUCUAUCCCACUCAUGCCUGCAAAGAACAUCUGGAUGCCUUCCAUUUAUUGGAGAGAUACAGUGGUUACAGUGAAGAUAAUAUCCCUCAGCUCGAGGAUGUCUCCCAGUUCCUAAAAGAGAGAACUGGGUUCCAGCUCCGACCUGUAGCUGGUCUCCUGUCUGCUCGGGACUUCCUAGCCAGCUUGGCCUUCAGAGUGUUUCAAUGUACACAGUACAUCCGCCAUGCCUCUUCUCCCAUGCACUCUCCAGAGCCGGACUGCUGCCAUGAGCUUCUGGGGCAUGUACCAAUGUUGGCAGACAAAACGUUUGCACAAUUCUCCCAGGACAUUGGACUUGCCUCUUUGGGAGCAACGGAUGAGGAGAUUGAAAAACUUGCGACACUUUACUGGUUCACAGUGGAGUUUGGCCUCUGCAAACAGAAUGGAAUCGUCAAAGCCUAUGGAGCUGGACUCCUCUCCUCUUACGGGGAGCUAGUUCACUCUUUGUCGGAUGAACCAGAGCUAAGGGACUUUGACCCUGAUUCUACUGCUGUGCAGCCCUAUCAAGAUCAAGCCUAUCAACCAGUCUAUUUUGUAUCAGAGAGCUUCAGUGAUGCCAAAGCAAAACUCAGGGCCUAUGCAGCACACAUCAAGCGUCCCUUUUCUGUCAAGUAUGACCCAUACACAAACAGCAUUGAGCUUCUGGACAACCCACAGAAGAUCCGUCACUCCCUGGAGAUUGUGCGCGAUGAGCUUCACUCAUUAAUUGACGCACUCAAUGUUAUCAGCUAACACACACGUUUCUUUGACCCUUUCCCUCCUUCAUGCCAAUGCCUGUUCCUGCAGCUGCCAAACUGGCUUCCUUCAGUGACUCCCUGCCACUGCAUCAUUUGGGCCGCUACGGUUUCUUUUAGGGUUUGUGUUGCUACCUAUUGCCAGAGUAACGGCAAUGGUUUGUGUUUGCUGCCCAUAUGCUGGACGAGAGAGGCAUAUUUAUUAUUUAAUGGCAAGCUAGAUUGAAGAAAAAUAAAAGGAAAUGGAAUGUAUCAAUAUAUUGUAUCAAACUAAUCAGACUCGGAGCAGGCCCAUGGGGCGGGGGGAAUGAAUAACUUAAGCCCAAUGAUUUCAGAGUGGGCCUAUUCUGAGGAUGGCUUAGAUGGAUGCAAGCCAAACAGGACUUAAUUCCUGAUAAAAGUGCUUAGCGUGGCCUUUUAAUUUUGCUAGAGAAGAAUAAAAAUAUAAGAAGAAGGAAGCACAAACAAUAAGAGGAGAGGUAUUGCUUUAACGGAAUACCUACUCAAAUAGAAUUAUUGGGUAACUGGAGAAGGCUUUCAGUGAAACAUGUCUGGCAAUUUACUAGUUGCUAAAGUUCCCUACAUUUCUCAGUACAAAUCUGAGGCCUCUUCCCCCUGGCCCUGCUUACACUUCUGCUACAUACCCAGUGACUUCAGAGAAAAACAUUCCUUUAUAGUCUCGCCAUUAUGCCAAGAAGCCUUCCAACCACAUUUUUAAAGUGAAUUCAGAGUCCAGACAGGUAGAAACCUCAGGAUGCUGACCCAAAAGCCAAUUCUGAUGGUAGGAUGAGCUCUUAAAAUUUCAAUACGAUGACUCAAAACAAGAUCCAGAGCGCGACCACUAUCUGAUUGGAACAACCUUCUCAGUGAUCCUAAUCCCUCAGUCUGGGAAAAAUUCCUUCAGGAUGAAACAAACCUUUGACUGGCUGCAAUGCUCUGUACUCCAAACAGAGGCAAGUCCUCUGGAACUCGGCAAAGCCUAUUGCCAUGCAAGUGAGUGGAGAACGGAAGCGUUGCCUUCUUAGUCCAAAAUGGAAUCCCAUUAGCAAAUGCUAACACUAUUGGUCCUGGUCAAGGUAGCAGGAAACAGGUAAUGGAGAAGGACCCUCCAUUUUGAAUGUGCUGAUCUAUUUCUGUGGAGCACUCCUUAGCAAGGUGAUAGAUAUGUCUCCCAUUUCUGGUCAUGUAUCAAAUAGCCUCCUUCCUUCUCUGGGCUUUUUAGGGAAAUGCUCUGUCUUUGUCAGGAUAGAAAGGAGUAUCCUUUGUGGAAAAGCACCAUGAAAUUAUUGCCAAAGUGGAAGAACAUCUGGAGAGCAUCAGCUACAGUGGAAACAUAGGUAGAUGAUAUCGCAAGGACACAAUACUCAAACGUAUUGUUACUAGCUCUGCAGCCGGUGUAAGGUCUAAUAGUUGCCAUACAUUGUUCCUACAUUCAGGCACAAUGCUGAAGAUGUUUGAAUCAAAACAGCCUGGAGAGAUGGAGAGAGAAUCAGGUCACUGGGUCAAAUGCUUCAUGUUUGAGAAUAAGACUCAAGGGGAGAAACACACGAAGCCUCCCUUUUCUGUCUGGCUUUGGUUUGCUCAUGGUAUUUGUGUGCACUAAAGCCUCAAGGAAUGGAUCUCACUGCUAUUGCUCCUGCUGUGUGGGUGGAUCUGUCUGUCUUGCUGCAUAAUGAAGAUAUUUAUUUCUCAGUUUUGAGUCAUGCUGCUGCUGAGAGGCUAGGUUUAUUCACAAUAAAGUUAUA